AUGGGCAUGAGAUAGAUUUUAUAAACUGGCAAAUAUAGAAUGAUUUCAUCAACAGUUAAGCAACAUAUGAAUAAUUCUCUCUUAUUCCCAAUUCAUUAUGCACAGAGUGUAGCGUAUCCGGAAUGUCUUGAUCUCCGGUGUUACACCUCAGAGCCAAAUGGAACACCAAUUCUUUACAAUUUGUAUGCCGUUCUUGUCCACGCUGGAACAACCUGCAAUAGUGGACAUUAUUUCUGCUAUGUGAAGGGCCCCAAUGGAAACUGGUACAAAAUGAACGACAAUUCUGUGACAUCUGUAGACAUCAAGAUAGUGUUGAAGCAGGAGGCCUACCUGCUGUUCUAUAUCAGAACCCCGGAUGAGCAGACAUGCACAGUAUCAUCUUCUUUAAAAACAUCUACAGCUGAUUCUGAACAGCCAAGCCCUGGCAUGCAAAGUAGCAUUUCAUCUACAGCUGAUUCUGAACAGCCAAGCACUGGCAAGCAAAGUAGCAUUUCAUCUACAGCUGAUUCUGAACAGCCAAUCACUAGCAGGAAACGUGGCUUUGUAUCUACAGCUGAUUCUGAACAGCCAAGCACUGGCAAGCAACGUAGCAUUUCAUCUACAGCUGAUUCAGAACAGCCAAUCACUAGCAAGAAACGUGGCUUUUUAUCUACAGCUGAUUAUGAACAGCCAAUCACUAGCAAGCAACGUGGCAUUUCAUCUACAGCUGAUUCUGAACAGCCAAUCACUAGCAAGCAAAGUGGCUUUUUAUCUACAGCUGAUUCUGAACAGCCAAGCACUGGCAAACAAUGUGGCUUUGCAAUAACUUCCAUGUUAAAGGUAAUCCUGUGGAUUUAUGGUUUUAUUAAAAAUGUUAUAAGGUGA